CUUUUCCUUUCCGGUUCUCUUUACCCCUUCCCCUCUGCCCCAUUCAGUUGUUUUCGUUUUGCCGAAUCGGGGAAUUGCCAACGUGUGCCGACUUAAUCAUGACCCUAACCCUAUAUUUGCUAUUCCGUAGCAACCAGAUGGCAACCCUCGGCCAUCGAUGAAGUCAUUGCCCCGCGGCAGCAAGUGGCAGCCGCCCCUCCAUUCCUCUGGCCUCGUUAACACGACGCAACCAGUCCACCAGGUUCGAAAGGCCUAAUAACCGCCAAGUCCCAGCCGACAAGCCCACAUCACUGCUCAACCACAGCAAACCUUUUUACCUACCGCGCAGCUACCUGCUUCGCACUGUAACCGGCCGACGCAGACCGAAAACACGAGAGAAACCUACCAAGAUGUCCACAAGCAACGACCCGGUAUCACUACCGGCAGCAACCACGACCACAAGCACAUCCUCCACCUCGACCUCCGCCGACCCCCCGUCCACAGCACGAGCCUUCAUCCCGCUCGAAGCCAACCCGGUCCUGCUGACCGACCUCCUCCACCAACUGGGCCUUUCCCCAGCGCUGGCCAUGCACGACGUAUACUCGCUGACCGACCCGACCCUGCUGUCCUUCAUCCCGCGCCCCGCGCUGGCCCUACUCCUGGUCUUCCCCGUCUCGGCCGCAUAUGAAUCACACCGUCUUGCCGAGGACUCGCUGCAGUCCGAAUACUCCGGGCGCGGGGACCGGGAGCCCGUGGUGUGGUACCGGCAGACGGUGCGCAACGCGUGCGGGAUGAUCGGGCUCUUGCAUGCCGCGAGCAACGGGCCGGCGAGGGAUUUUGUGCAGGGGGGGUCGUUGCUGGAGAGGUUGAUCCGGAGUGCGGAGCCGUUGGCUCCUGUCGCGAGGGCGCGGCUUAUCGAGACCAACGAGGAGCUGGCCAGCGCGCAUAAGAGCGUCGCCACGCAGGGGGACACCACCGCGCCGGAUGCGCAGGACGAUGUGGAUCUGCAUUAUGUGUGCUUUGUCAAAGGGAAGGAUGGGGCGUUGUGGGAGAUGGAUGGGCGGCGGAAGGGCCCGUUGAGGAGGGGGGAGCUCGAGGACUCGGAGGAUGUGCUGAGCGAGAAGGCGUUGGCGUUAGGGCCGCUAAAGUUCUUGGAGCGCGAGGCGGCGGAUCUGAGGUUUAGCUGUGUUGCGUUGGCGGGGAGCCUGGAGUAGGCCGGAUUCGAACGUCAUGGACGGGUGAUCAUCACCUAUAUAAGGAUGGCUUGAGCUGUACCGGACUGGAUGGUGCGCGUACAUUCGCCUAAUAAGGUGAGCAUAGCAAUUGAAGAGCCAUCUUGAGUGGCUGUAAAAAUACGAGAUUUGGUGAUGUGCAAUCCAACUCGUGGAUUUGAUCAGUACAGUACAACAUGUCGACCUGUUCCCAUUAAACUUGGGACAGUGUAGUGGGUGGGCAAGUGUCCAGAACUAGCCGUUCCAGGGCCACUCACUUGAGAUAGCUCACAUUAUCGAGGUAUCAGAGCCGUAUAUCUUUGGCUCAUCCAUACCCCGUUAUCCUCCUCGCUUCCUUAUGACCGCCC